AUGGGUGCUUAUGAGUGCAACAAAAGUCCACUGAGAACACAAUCUUCUAAUGCACAGGAGCAGGAAAACCUGGAGGAAAGACUGAAGGACCUGCUGAAGCAGAAGGAGCUGGUCACCCAGCAAAGGGACUUGGCAGAAAAGCUGCAACAUCACUUCAGUGUCUCUGAGAUGAGGUCAGAAAAUCUGCACCACAAGCUGGAACAUGUCACAGCCCAGGAUGAGAGCCUCCUGCAGACAGAGCUGCUGCAGCAGGAGCAGGAAGUAUAGCAGCUAUGAGAGAACUGAGGAGGCCAAAGAAGGCACAGACAUCAUGAACCCAUGGUGUUCUCCACCCUUGGACUGAAGCCUCCUCAGAAGAAGACAUCCUAUGAGAUUCCAAGGAAGCAUGGCUAUACUUGCUUUGAAAAUGCUUUUUACAAUUGUGACUGCCUUCCUACCAUGUUUCCAAGGCCAGCCACAGGCUGUUAGUCUGUGCUUCAAAGUCUGUUGCAUGAUUAACCUAAUCUUAUUAUUU